AAUUAUUAUCACAACUGUGAUAUAUAAACAAUAAAUGUAGUCACAGGUCAACGGUGUCGCACCACACACUUCCCAUCUGUUAGAAGUGGCGGGCGAACGUUCCCUUGAGCGGUGCACUACUUACUAUAAACAAGGUUGUUUUAUUAUAAAUUUCAAUAUCAAAUCAGUGAACACCACAUUGGCGACGAGUAAAAGCGCAAUCAUCCAAAAUGUCCCAAUCACAGAUCCCAACAUUAGAACCAUUCGAUUGCGAAGGUGAUACAACCUCAGUGAGUUCUCGUUGGGUUAAGUGGAAACGAGCUUUAGACAUAUACUUUGUAGCCACAAACACCAAUGAGCAAAAUAAAAAACGUGCAAUGUUAUUACAUUCGGGUGGUAUGGGACUGCAAGACAUCUAUUUUAAUAUACCAGGAGCUCACGUAACUAACCCUGACGUGAAUGACGUUUAUGAUGUCGCUAUUAAAAAAUUAGACGACUAUUUUUCUCCAAAACAAAGUUACCUGUUUGAAAGACAUAUUUUUCGACUGAUGAAACAAGAAUCAGAUGAAAAAUUUGAAACAUUUUUAAUUCGUCUGAGACGACAAAGCUCAAAAUGCAACUUUGCUAAAGAAGACGAAAAUCUUAUCGAUCAAAUAGUUGAAAAAUGUAGCUCUUCUAAAUUGAGGAAAAAUAUCUUAAUACUUGGGGAUACAGCAACAAUUGACAAAAUAAUUUCGGAAGCAAACUCGCUUGAAACUGUACAACGUCAGCUUAAUGAGUUCCACGAUAAACAGGGCACAAUUACAUCGUCUUCCAGCCUUAAUAAAAUAGACAGUCACAAUAUAAAACGAGACACUAAAAAUGAGGUUAACAUGUGCUGCCGAUGUGGCAGCAAAAAUCACAAAGGUGAUAAUAGUUCCUGCCCUGCAAUUAACGCUAAUUGCAUGAAAUGUGGUUUUAAAGGUCAUUUCCAAAAACACUGUAAAACAAGGGCCCAUAAAAGAAAAAGUACCAACCUCUCAUCAAAAAACAGUAACAAGAAUAAAAAACCUAGAUUCGAAUCUCCAAAAAACACUGACGCUACUACAGUAGACUAUAUUUUCCACAUCGAUGACGAUGCAACAAUAGAUUGUCAGGUAGGUGGAGUAAACAUCUCAAUGCUAAUUGAUUCUGGUAGCAAAUCUAAUAUUAUAAAUGAUAAAACUUGGGAACACAUGAAGCAAUGUAAAGUUACAAUUUUCAAUCCACAAAAGUCUUCAGACAAAACGUUUAUGGCUUAUGGAGCAAACCAUCCAUUAAAAGUGAUAGGCUCAUUUGAUGCACAUAUAAAAGUCGGAACCAAAUCUUUAAUGACUAAAUUCUAUGUCAUAGAAAAUGGUUCAAGAAAUCUUUUGGGUAAAGAAACUGCCAUUUCUCUUAAAGUGCUAAGACUUGGUUUCGAUGUAAAUUCUAUUGAACAAACACAUUUUCCCAAGUUUAAGGAUGUGCUACUAAAAAUCACCAUUGAUAAAACUGUUCCUCCAGUUUGUCAACCAUACAGACGGGUUCCAAUUCCCUUGGAAUCAAAAAUAAAUAAAAAAAUAGAGGAAUUAGUAAAAAUGGACAUUAUUGAACCUGUAAAUAAACCUUCUCUUUGGAUUACUCCGAUGGUACCUAUUCUGAAAUCUGAUGGUGAUAUUCGUAUUUGUUUGGAUAUGCGUGCCGCCAACAAAGCUAUUAUAAGAGAAAAUCAUCCCUUACCCACCAUGCAACAACUCAUUCCCAAAUUUGGCAAAGCAAUUUUAUUCUCAAAACUAGACAUACAAAAUGCUUUUCACCAGGUUGAACUUGAAGAAAAUAGUAGAGAAAUCACAACCUUCAUAACUAGCAAAGGACUGUAUCGAUAUAAGAGGUUAAUGUUCGGUAUAUCAUGUGCACCUGAACAUUUUCAAAAAAUAAUGGAAAGAAUGCUAUUGCCAUGUGAAGGAGUCGUUAACUUUAUUGAUGACAUUGUUGUUUUUGGAUGCAGUGAAAAAGAACAUAAAGCUAGGCUUCAACAUUUAUUGACCGUACUCAGAGAUAACAAUGUGUUAUUAAACAAAAAUAAAUGUUUUUUCAACACAAAAUCUAUUCAGUUUUUGGGUCACGAACUUUCACCAGCAGGCAUUAAACCACUUGACAAAUACAUCAAAAUAAUCGAAACCUUUCGACCUCCGAAAACCAUCGAAGAAAUCCAAAGCUUUCUAGGACUAAUAAAUUUCGUUGGAAAAUGGAUUCCCAAUUUGUCUACUCUCACAGAGCCUAUUCGAAAAUUACUCCAGAAAAGUAUGCAUAAAAACGCUAAUAUCACAGCUUUCUGGCUAAAUGAUCAAAAAAUAGCUUUCGAUAAACUAAAAAAAUGUCUAACUAAAAUUCCUAACCUAGGUUAUUACGACCCCAAAGAUCGCACCCAAGUAAUCGCAGACGCAAGUCCUGUAGGUUUAGGAGCCGCGCUAAUUCAGUACGAUAACAGAGGACCUCGCAUCAUUGCCUUUGGCAACAAAAGUUUGACAGACAUUGAAAAACGUUACUGUCAAACCGAAAAGGAGGCAUUAGCGUUAGUUUGGGCAAUUGAACACUUUCAUAUGUAUCUUUAUGGUAAAAAAUUUGAACUUAUCACAGACCAUAAGCCAUUAGAAGUCAUAUUUGGUACAAGCUCGAAACCUUGCGCUCGUAUCGAACGUUGGGUUCUUCGAUUACAAACAUACGAUUAUAAAGUAAUUUACAAACCCGGAAAAUCGAAUAUAGCAGAUCCAUUAUCCCGUCUGUGCACAAGUCCCAUUUUACAUAAAAGUUCUUUCGAAGAUGAACAUCAUGUUAACCAGAUUGUUCACUAUGCGCGACCGGUAGCUUUGCCUCUUAAAUCAAUUAUUGAAGCAUCAAAUGAUGAUAAAGAGUUUAUUUUAGUAAAAAAAGCUGUAAUGGGUGAUGUUUGGCAUAGUUCAAUAAAUAAUUACAAACUAUUUCAACAUGAACUUUGGGUACAUGAUGGCAUUUUGUUAAGGGGAAAUAAAAUUGUAAUUCCUUCUAUGUUGAGAAAACAAGUUUUAGCAUUGGCCCAUGAAGGCCAUCCAGGCAUAGUUAACAUGAAAGCUAGAUUACGUACAAAGGUUUGGUGGCCGAAAAUGGACAAAGAUGCUGAAAAUACUGUAAAAAAUUGCAGAGGGUGCACUUUAGUCUCAGCCCCCAAUCCUCCUGUACCUAUGAAAAGGCGUGAACUUCCUUCAAAGGCUUGGGUAGAUAUAGCUGUUGAUUUUUUGGGUCCACUGCCGAGUAGAGAUUACCUCUUUGUAAUCAUUGAUUACUACAGCCGAUACAAAGAAAUCGAAAUUAUGAAAUCUAUAACUACACAAGAUACAAUAAAAGUGUUAAAACAAAUUUUUUCACGUACGGGAAAUCCUUCUAGUAUAACAGCCGACAAUGGCAAACAAUUUUGUAGUCAUGAAUUUAAAUCAUUUUGUAUGGAACAAGGAAUUACUCUUUUCAAUACAAUCCCUUACUGGCCACAACAAAACGGAGAGGUAGAGAGACAAAAUAGGGAUAUCCUCAAACGGCUUAGAAUCAGUCAAUGCGAGAAAUCAGACUGGAAAGAUGAUUUAUUAAAAUAUCUUAUGAUGUAUAACAGCACACCUCAUCCUUCCACAGGAAAAUCUCCUUCAGAGCUCUUCUAUGGAAGGCAAUUUAGAGACAAAUUACCCUUUUUAGCUGACCUCGAAAGUAACUACAAUGAUUCCGAAGUUAGAGAUCAUGAUCAAGAAAAAAAGGAACUCGGAAAGGUAAAUGAAGACAAGAGAAGACGAGCUGUAGAUAAAGAUUUAGAAAUUGGAGAAAAGGUAUAUGUGAAGAACUUGGUAAAAGACAACAAAUUAGCUUCUGAAUUUAAUCCAACACCUCAUACUGUUAUUAACACUGGAGGAAGCGAUGUACAUAUUAGGAAUGAUGAUACUGGUCAGGAGUACAGACGAAACAUUGUACAUCUAAAAAAAGUAGAAGGCCAAUGGAAAGUCAUUGGUAGUGAAGAAAAAUCUCAAUCCUCAGAUAAUGAUGUUUAGUUAGGUUUAAUUCAAAAUUAAGAUUUAGAUUUAGAUUUACAAUUUAGAUUUAUAUCAAAUCAGAUCAGAUCAGAUGUUUAGAAGUUUUAUUGAUUUCAGAAACUUAAUUCAGUUCUGAUAUAAUUAAACAUUGUCCUGUAUAUAAUAUUCAUUGUAACUGCUUAAGUAUGACUAAUUUUAUAUAUUCAAUAAAAUUUAAUUAUAAAAGACAGUGUGCUGCUGGGGAGUUUGUUGCGCCGUUUCUUCUCCACAGCAAAAGCACUAGGAAGCGGUAGUAAUUAUAAAUAUAGUUCUAAUUCUAAAUUAAUAUAAAAAGGAAGAGAUGUGAUAUAUAAACAAUAAAUGUAGUCACAGGUCAACGGUGUCGCACCACACACUUCCCAUCUGUUAGAAGUGGCGGGCGAACGUUCCCUUGAGCGGUGCACUACUUACUAUAAACAAGGUUGUUUUAUUAUAAAUUUCAAUAUCAAAUCAGUGAACACCACAUUCGUUCCCUUGAGCGGUGCACUACUUACUAUAAACAAGGUUGUUUUAUUAUAAAUUUCAAUAUCAAAUCAGUGAACACCACAACAA